GCUACCUCCAUUAGUGCGUUCUGUAGAACGGGAGGGUGUUUUCUGAAACACACACACUCUCACACACUCUCACAUUCUGAGUAGCUGCGGCUAAACCGUUAUCUCACGUUUUGGCUGAAAAGAGAGAAGAGAAGAAAAACAUGGAGGUUGUAGGAGGAGGAAUAAACAUGCCAUCCUUCAAGCUGUUCUUCUGAGCUUUCCGAGGACUGAGGACGGAGAAACAAGUGAGAAACUGCAAAGAAGCGUAAACUCCUCUGUCCUGAAGAUGUCGGAAAACUUAAAGUUACAGCUUUACCUCUGACUGUUACAGAGCGCUGACACUGGAGACUCCUUCCAUGAACCUUAAAGGUGAAGCAGCAGUUGAUACCAUGUGAAUGCCUGAGGAUCAUGAAGGCCACACACAAGCUGCUGUUUGCUCUGUGCCCCAUGCUGGUCCUGGUCUUCAUCUACUACUCCUCUGGGAAGCUUCAUCUCCACUUAUGGGGAUACAAAUUACAUGUACAUGUGGAACCAUCUCUUUCUCUAAAGGUCACAAAUCCUAAAGCUAAACCUAAAGUGAUUACAGGGCCAAAUGGACCAGAACGGUACGGAGCCACUAAUGAGAUCAUCAGAAAUUCUCUUCACAUGAUUGAGCCGCAAAAGGUGGACAUCGCCAAGGGACAGAUAGUAGACGCAGCAUUCGAUAACCAGGGCUUUCUUCUGGAGCUGGACGGAAAGCUGCCGGGGGACUUGUCGCGCCACUAUGGGAACCUCAGCACUGGAGCCUGUAAACCCGGCUACGCUGCCGCCAAGAUGGCUGCUAUCUUUCCAAAGUUUGUUAAGCCAGCACCUAUGUUUCUUGACCUGAACUUUAAGCGGUUGGCGAAAGUCCACAAUUAUUUACCUCCAUUUGGAUUGAAAACACAAGAUAAAAUCAUAGACACUAUAUUAACUGCUACGAAGACUUAUGGACUAAGUCCAGAACUUGACAGAUUGAGUUGUAAAAGAUGUAUAGUAGUUGGUAAUGGUGGAAUCCUGGCCAAUAAGUCUCUGGGCUCCCAUAUUGAUGAAUACGACAUUGUGGUGAGGUUAAAUCAGGCUCCAGUGAGCGGAUAUACCCGGGACGUUGGUUCCAAAACCACCAUGAGAAUAACAUACCCCGAGGGAGCUUUCCAGAAGCCGGACCAUUACGAGAAAGACUCUCUGUUUGUCUUCUUGGCCUUCAAACCGAUCGACUUUAAAUGGCUGAAGUAUAUGAUCUUCAAAGAGAAAUGGCAAGGUACAGAUGGCUUUUGGAAAUCUGUGGCCCAGCGUGUGCCCAAGGAACCCUCUGAGAUGAGAAUUCUCAACCCUUACUUCAUCCAGGAAGCUGCCUUCCAGUUCAUUGGCCUGCCACUGAACAACGGUCUCAUGGGUAAAGGGAACAUCCCAACUCUUGGUACUGUUGCUAUAACAAUGGCCCUGCAUAACUGCGAUGAGGUUGCUGUUGCCGGAUUCGGCUAUGACAUGAACACCCCUCAUGCACCCUUGCACUACUACGAGUCAGUCAAAAUGUCUGCCAUCAAAGAGUCAUGGACUCACAAUAUCUCCAAGGAGAAGGAGUUUCUCCAGAAGCUGGUGAAGGCCAGCGUCAUCACAGACUUGACAAAAGGGAUCUGAUUGUCCUAGCGUGGAUGCUUUUACCACAGUGCGAGAACCCGAGGAUGCUGGGAAACCCAGAGAACAUUGAGGUGUAUAGCUGCAGCAGUACGAAAGGGGGAAGUGAUGCUACAUGUGCCUUCUGACUGCGAAGCUUCCUCUGACCUGCAUUCCGUCCUGAACAUCUGGAGAGAUCAGCUUUUCCUCUGUUCCAUAUUCAUCCUUGAUUACGAUUCGAGACAAGUGUAAUCAAAGACCUGAGAGGUGGCAAACUGGACUGAUUGUGCCAAAUGUACCUCUUUGGAGGAGACCGUCGUCCUCUACAACAUGAAUGUAUUCGCUGUGUAGAUUCCACCGGUCCUUAGUGUUAUUUUAUCAUCAUGCCUUUGUUUUUCCGUCCGCUCUGCACCAUCCUUAUGACUUUAAGGUCAGAGAUCGGCCUUCGUAUUGUGACACGAAGGGUAUUAUUAAAAAUGGAUGCCAAUUCUUUUUUUUUUUUUUAAUUAUUUAUUACAUAACUUAAGCUCUCUUUAAUUGAAGAGGAUUUUUAAUGUUUUAUUCUGUUUAAUGGGAGGCUUGGGUUUUUAAAAAAUUAUUUUCUUAUUUUAAUUUUUUGAUUUUUUUUUUGUUUGUUUAAUUACAUUGUAUACUCUCUCUCGACAAAUCAUCGAAGACCGUAAUUGAACAGUUCAUCUAAUUCAUCAUUACGCCAAGCCGCCAUGAUGUCUGUGUCGUGCCUCAGUGUCAAACAGCUUCUCGGUGAAGGUACUGAAGGUCCAGAAUACAAAAUGCCUGAAAAUACAAAUGUUUACUUUUUUGAUAACAUGAUCAGCUUUGCCAGGUUGAUGAUUAUUUUCCAAAUAGUUUUGCUUUUGUACUUUUUUGAAGAGCUGUCGUCUGUAUUUCUAAAGAUUUCUAUUGAGAUUCGUCACAGCAGAUGUUUGUAAUUUCAUAAGCUGUAUAUUUUAGGAGGAUGGAUGUAACAUUCUGAAUUACAGUCAGGGGAAAAGGAACUUCGCCAUUUUUUGCAGUACAUCAUUAUUUUGUUCUGGGGUUUUUUUGUUUCGAUUUGCCCGGUAGAUAUUUUUGCAUUACAGCUUUACAGAGAUUCAGACCUGAACCCACAGCAAGUCAAAAGUGUGACGAACUCCCCAGGAUAAAGUAAAAUUAAAAAGAGGUCUUUAAAGGAUCUGAAAUUAGAAACACACGUGCUGAUACAGGGGUGGUCAAAUCGUUAGUCCUGUCACCCACGAUGAGCAGAUUCCAUGUCUGGGCUCUUAGUAUUUAAAUUGUAGUUACCUGGACAAGUAGGUUCAACAAACAGAAAAAGAAAAUAGACUACUCUAUAUUGGCUUACACACAACAAAAGUUUUCAUUUGGUAUGUAUGUUUGAGCGUAAUGCACUUCACUGUGGUGGGACUCGCCUCAAUGCUGCAACUGUAGCGUUUCCGAAUCCCACCACUCCCUGCACUACACACAUCUAUGAAGGGCGACUUUUACUAAGCAGAAUAAUCAGUGCUCACAGAUGACAGGCAACAUUUUCAGAAAUAGAGACGUCUAAUGCAUCCAACGCAAAGCUGAUAUGUAGACUAACUCUCUUGCUAGCACAACCCGCAUCUCAUGGUUUACCGUAAUAAGAGAAAAUAAAGACACUAGCCAGAUUCAAAUUGUAUCUUUUACAUGCAACGCACAUAGCCGAUUUUUUUUUUUUUUUUCAUUGCUAAAUUUUUGUUGUGGUUGCAAAUGCUACAUGAUCACAUGCUCGUUAGUCUUCAUUAAAGCACUUAGCUAGCUAACUGGCUCGCCAUAUGUUAUUACGUUAUGUUAGCUACCACUUUUUAGCCUCGUCAAUUACGUUUCCAGGCCAAAACACGGGUCACAUAUGGGAAGCACGCUGAAGCUUUUACUUGUCUAGUGAGCUAGCUAACGGAUUUUUGGAUUUGUCCACCGAAUUUGUACGCAAUCAUGUUUUCUGUAUACACUACAGUCCACAUGCUCACAAUUUAAGCAUAAAUGUAAUCAGUAGCAGUAUUACGAGAAAAAAUAAAGGUGAAGAUAUUGUAAAUCAGCGGGUUAUGUUAGGUUCAUCUCAAGAAGUCCAAAAUAUGACUGGAAACGAAUGGAAAUUUGUAUAUCAGUGCAGUCUGUCACAAUCAGCAGUAUCAUGUUAACAAAAUGUAAAGUAGUGAUUUUCUUCUUCUUAUAUAUAAAUAUAUAUAGAGUUAUCUUCAAAGGCAUAAUAAAUGUGUUGGCCAUUUUUUAAGAUUUGGAAAGUGUAUUUAUCUUAGCCAAGUUCGACCAUCCUUGUCCAUCCUUACCAUCCUUACCAGGAUAUCAAUUAUAUUUUAGAUGUUAUUACGACACACACAAAUAAAACAGAAGCAAAUUUGUCCAAAGCGAGUGGAAUGGUCAAACUAGGCUAAGAAUAUCAUAUUUAUUAUGUUUGGAGAUCUGUGUAAUAAUGGAUACAGAGUAUCUGAAUCUCAUGCCAAAGACAUGUAUGCAGUAAUGUAUGAUUAAGUGCUUCCCGAAGUAUGUCUCGAUCUCUGUCAGCACUUCAAGAACAGAACGUUCUCAUGAAGUGUGGACUCCUUCAUCGUUACUGUAUUGCCUGAGUUUUAUGUUGUUUUUCUGGACAAAUCAUGAGCGCAACAGCUACAGCAGGAUGAAGAGUGUUCGAUCAGUUUUUAUGAGAAACGUGGACGUGAUGUUUAUAGCUUUCUGGACGACUUUCUGUCAAAACAACUGCCAGUCGAGUCAACCAUCGAGUCAGCCAGAAUAUGCAUGAUGAUGUCCAACACCUACCUUCGCCUCUCAGAUAGGCAGAACUGUCUGCUGUCAAUUAAUGUAAGAAUAAAUAAAAAAAAUGAGAAAUGGAAA